GUUGGCGUAUUAGACCACUCCUCCUGUUUUGUGGAGGGGUUGCCAGAUGGAGCAGUACAAAUAAUCAGACACUUCUCCUGCGAGCACCAGACUUGUAGUCUCCCUCGGGGCCCUUUCGACAGACAACAGCCAACAGGCAUGCAUGCAACAGUUUGGAGCAAAGGUAUGUAUUCUUCCAACAACAUUUGCCUCGACAGCUGCCCUGCAGAGCAUCUCUCCUCUUUUCAACUUGACUCCAUGCCGUCAAAUUCAGAAGUGUCAGGCGCUUCUGUGACUUUACACAAAGACAGCGAUAACAUAAAAAGGCUAUCAGAGAGUGCUUAUUAUAGCAGCAGUGAUGCUGGUUCUAGUUUUAUCUGUUCCAGUCAGCUGGAGCUCAACCCCUCCAGAGACAAUGAACAUUUAUCCACCAGAAGAAAAAAAAUCAACAUCCAACAUCCAACACUUGCAUCCAGUUCUUGUGGUAACCACGACUGGAACUUAAACAGUGGCCAUCGAGCAAAGCGUGCCAGAGUAGAAAAUAUCAUCAAAGGCAUGACCAGCUCUCCUGGUAUGCGCUGCACGGAUGUGACGAGAAAUCAGCAGGAGGAAUCAGACGUCAUCCAGGAAAGUGAAAGUAUUCAAGAGCCUCCUUUACAUCAGGACAGACAUGGCAACAUAAAUCAAAGCCAGAUGACAAGAAAGCAGCUUGACAGUCAGCAUCAGUACCUCAGAACAAGGUUCAACCAUAUGGAUGGAGCAGCUGACACUACAGACGGUGGUAAUGAAGAGCAAUAUCCCACCUGGAAUAACUCUCCUGAAACAUCUCCAAGGGAAGCAUGCACAGAUUCAUACAGUGAGUUGGAGAGCAGCUCAAGUAGAAAAUACCAAGGAUGGAAGAAGGUGAAGCUGAUGAACUACUUCCAAUCCAAACCUGAGAGAAUGAAGCUAAUAACAGACGUUUUAAAGUACGAACUCUCCAGAGCUGUCAGUAGGAGUGUUGACUCUAUUUUCAAAAGCAUGCCGCUGCUACAGACAUCGGCCCAUGAUGAGGGGAAUGUAGAGACAGGUAUGUCCAAUCAGAUGCCAGUUUGCAAAGAUAAAGAAAGAUUUUCAUGUCGUGUGAAUGGAGAGGGACAAGUCCCCUGUGUUCAGAAUGAAGCUUUGUCUCUGGUUGUGCAAAAGCCUCAACUGGAAGGAAAUGAAAAGUUCCUCCUCCAGUCCAGAUCAAGCGCUCACCAUCGUCCCAAACCUCCAGUCCCUUUCAGUUAUGACUCUGCUCUGCAUGAAGAAGAGCCGUCAGAGAAGAAUCGCAACGCUGCCCACCAACAUGCCCUAAGAUGCUUGAAAGAGGGAUGCCCUGAAGGUGGUCAAGCAAAGUCUGAUGCACACUGGAGUUUGGUCAAAGUGAGAUCGAAGGUCAAUUCCAGGUCUAUCCGAAGCCCACAGACUCGGACUGUGUCAGUGGAUCCCAUGCUUUUACAAAGCCUCUGUCUCCCUCAUGUCAAGAUUGAGUCAGAUAGCCUGGUGAAGAACAACCUGUACAUGCUGAAUGAAGGCUUGACCACAAAUCAUCUGAAGAAAGCAAAGCUUAUGUUCUUCUACACUCGCUACCCAAGCUCACAGAUACUGAAGAUGUGUUUCCAUGAUGUGCAGUUCACGCGCUGCAUCACCUCUCAGCUCAUCAAGUGGUUCAGUAACUUCAGGGAGUUUUACUACAUCCAGAUGGAGAAGUUUGCCCGACAUGCUCUCAUAGACGGAGCGGCUGACGUGAGAGGUCUGACUGUGGGGAGAGAAUCAGAACUUUUUAGAGCUCUCAACAUGCAUUACAACAAAGCCAAUGACUUCCAGGUUCCUGACAGAUUUCUGGAAGUUGCUGAGAUUACAUUGAGAGAAUUUUACAUAUCCAUUUCAAUGGGCAAAGACCGUGAUCCAUCAUGGAAGAAAGCAAUCUACAAAGUGAUCUGUAAACUGGACAGUGAUGUACCAGCUGAGUUCAAAAAUCAUCACGCUGGAUGAACCAAGCAGAAGACAUCAUGUGCCACAGUGGUCACUAUCACAAUGUGGACUUACUCGUGCCUUGAUUAGCAAAGUUAUUUAUUUUUUAAUGAAGAACAUAAAUUGUAAAAUAAGUAAGCGAAGUACAUGCCUGCACAUCUCCAGUCUCCAUAAAUCAGCAAACUAACAAAGGAAUCAUGAGGUAGUUUGACAUGUGUUUUGCUAUACUGCCACAUUAUAUAGCAAUAACACAUAUUUCUCUCGUGAUUGUGAAACAGUUUUGCCACAAGUCACAAAACACAGAACUCUUUUCAUUUCUUUUGUUUUUUAAAAGCAUUUUUCUUUAAUAAGGACAAAAUAAGAUCCACACCACAUUAGGAAAAAAAAAUUUAAUAUUCAGAAGAGCUCAUCAUUUCCACUCUGGAUGUUUGUACAGGAUACAUGAAAUGGAAAUUACAGGAAUUCUAAAAUUACUUAAUGUAAAUACAAUCUAUUAUUUCACCCAACCGUUACAGCAGCUAAAAUUUUUUUUUUCUUCCAUACUCACCAUGAGGAUCAAUCCAUCCACUUUCAAAAUGCUAUGCUGUGGCUUGCUGUCCAAAUUAAACAUGGUCUUCAUCAGUGUGUUCAGUCACAAUGGAUGAUCCUUGCUUUGUCUUCGGUUGUCGAUAAUCCAGAUGUAAAAUUUCUUGUGUAAAAAUUCUGGUUGUUUUUGCUUCAAAAAUUGUUUGUAAAUGUGAAAUUUUUUAAAAUGUGAAAACAUCUGUUUACAUUGCCACAUAUUAGGCAUGACAGUCACACCCACUGAGGGGGUUUUUGGUUCAUAUGAAUACUGAUAUGAACACUGCACCAGGCAGUUUGUAAUGCAAAUUCAUCAGAAAAUUCAAAUGCAGCAGAGCCAUGCAAUAUACUCUGACUACACUCCAGUGUGCGACAUCACCUUUUCAAUUAUAGUCAGGCCAGUUCUUGUACUUCGUACGAGUGCCAGUGUACAGAGGAAAAAUUAUCGCACAAGCAGUCGUGUCAGAUAUUUUGUACAACGCAAACACAUCAUCUACUUUGUUGUAGAGUUGCAGAGUUUACAUCUGUAAACAAAUUAAGCACUUCAUUUGCACUGUUCCUAGUCUCUUACAUCAAUAUUAAAAUAUGGGUUUUAAUAAUGUGCAUCAGUGAUCAUGUGUCAGAUGAAUGUAGUACAGGGAACAUUUUUUUUAUUUUGACUUGGAGCUUAAAAAUGUACUAAAGCAGUAAUAUUUAAAAAAUGGAAUUCGAAUGAGACAAUAAGUAAAUAAUAUCUUUGUCUUGAAAAGCUAUUGUGGAUUCUGACUUGUCAAUUACGAAACCAAAACCAUUUGGGCCCCGGUGUUCUUCUGACUUUGAUAAGUUUGGUGUCUUUGGUAGUUUAGUGUUCUUGAC